AUGGAGACUCAUCACUGUGAUACAUGUGGGAAGAGCUUUUCCUCAUCCAGUAACCUCAAGAAGCACAUGAGGAUCCACACUGGAGAGAAGCCCUACAGCUGUGACCUCUGUGGUAAAACCUUUGGCCAGGCUGACCAUUUCAGAGCUCAUAGCAGGAUCCACACUGGAGAGAAGCCCUACAGCUGUGACCUCUGUGGUAAAAGCUUUAGACAGACUGGUGAUUUGACAGCUCACCGCAGAAUCCACACAGGAGAGAAGCCAUACAGCUGUGACCUCUGUGGUAAAACCUUUGGCAAGAAAAGCAAUUUCACAGCUCACUGCAGGAUCCACACAGGAGAGAAGCCCUACAGAUGUGACCUCUGUGGUAAAACCUUUAGCCAGGCUGGCAGUUUCACAAUUCAUAGCAGGAUCCACACUGGAGAGAAGCCAUACAGCUGUGACCUCUGUGGUAAAACCUUUAGCCAGGCUAGCAGUUACACAGCUCACCGCAGAAUCCACACAGGAGAGAAGCCAUACAGCUGUGACCUCUGUGGUAAAACCUUUAGCCGUGCUAGCAGUUACACAGCUCACCGCAGAAUCCACACAGGAGAGAAGCCCUACAGCUGUGACCUCUGUGGUAAAACCUUUAGCCAGGCUGGCAGUUUCACAAUUCAUAGCAGGAUCCACACUGGAGAGAAGCCCUACAGCUGUGACCUCUGUGGUAAAACUUUUAGACAUGCUAACAGUUUCAGAAAGCACAUGAGGAUCCACACUGGAGAGAAGCCCUACAGCUGUGACCUCUGUGGUAAAACCUUUGGCCAGGCUGACCAUUUCAGAGCUCAUAGCAGGAUCCACACUGGAGAGAAGCCCUACAGCUGUGACCUUUCUGGUAAAAGCUUUAGACAGACUGGGGAUUUGACAGCUCACCGCAGAAUCCACACAGGAGAGAAGCCAUACAGCUGUGACCUCUGUGGUAAAACC